UCCUUGUCAUAAGUCAUAAGAAAAAUGACAAGAACCAUUGAUGUUGCUCUGUUUUGCUUCUUCUUGUUCUCUCUUGGGGCCAUGUCCCAACCUUCUCAAAAUCUAACCGAUUGCAACCAAUUACCCGACACUUAUCAAUCAAACCGCAACACCGUCCUCUCAACUCUUCGCAACCGUUCCUCCCUCGGAAGCUAUUACUUCAAUGCCACGGCCGGUCUUAGCCCAAAUACAGUCUAUGGCAUGUUCCUAUGCAUAGGAAACAUAAGCAAAACAUCUUGUUCAAACUGUGUCCAUUCUGCGACUUUAGGAAUGGAUAAAUCAUGCGAUUCUCAUGACACAUCUUUCAUGUUCUCUGACGAGUGUAUGGUUCGGUACUCGGACGUUUCUUUCUUCUCUCUCGUAGAGGAUGCACCUACAUCCUCUAGUUACUAUCGGAAUGAUUCUUUGAAUUCUCCUCAUUUUUUUAAUAAAACACUUCCUGGAAAAAUAGACAAGCUUGUCUUCAGAGCAUCCUCGUCUUCUUCGUCACCGGUUCCAUAUUUUGUGGAAGAUCAAGAACAUGUGACUCAACUGGAAGGUUCGUAUGAUUUAGAGGCAAUGGCCCAGUGUAGUCCUGAUCUUGAUCCAAGUAACUGCACCGUUUGCUUGGGGCUUGUAGUCGAAAAAUUCUCCGAGUGUUGCAGCCAAUCUCGUUGGGCUCGGAUCUACUUUCCUAAAUGUCUUCUGAGGUAUGACAUCUCUGCUUUGCAACCAAACCUAACGAGUUUUGGCGUUACAACAAAAGGAGAUGAUAUAUUUGGGAGAACCUUUAUUGCAAUCAUGAUAGGUUUACUAAUGGGUUUAUGAUCAAAUCUAGUGAUGUAAUUAGGAUUGUAACUAUCGGUUUAUAUUUUUGUUCUCUCCAUUUUGGGGGAUGAGAAGGUCAUUACCGUACCAGAGUAAACCAACUUUGACUUGGUGAAAGAUUGAAUGGAGAUAUGGCAUCAUGUGUUCUCCUAUAUUAGUGGGAUUGUCUCGCAGUACUCAUUCACGUUCCAUACUAGUUAAGUUAUUUCCUUUGUGUAUUUAAGCAUUGUUAAUUAGGGAAUCAUAGGGGAGAGAGAAAAAUUGUAUUGAACGUGCUCUAAAGUCUUUGGGUGGUAUUCGAUGAUCAAGUGUCUGUCACAAAGAAUCAUCCUUUUGUAGUAGCCGAAUUGAUUUUGGUAUCCUUUUUGUUGAUUUUGGUAUUUAGUUUGAAUGGUUUUGUCAAAAACACAAUUGUAUGGUUUGCAGAGAUAAAAGAAAUUUGAUUUUCGUACCAAA